AAGUGCUGUCAACCUUUGCGGGCCGGCUGCGGCAAUGUUUAUUAUUUGUUUUGCAUUCUUUUACUAUCACUUUGCGCACUAGUCGACACUUUUGAUUGUAAAAACGCUUGUAAGGGUAAUCUAGAAACAUUUCCUACACAAUGAACACCUACUUACAACGAUGCCGACGUGUUAUGAAAGAUGCCGUAAGCAAAAUCGCGAUCAUUGGCAACGAAAGCUGCGAUUUGGAUUCUGCAGUAAGUGCGAUUGCUUUGGCAUUCCAUCUACAGCACAAUCCCGCCUUAUUAAGCUCAUGGUACAAAAAGGACAGUACCGUAGUGUUCCCGGUACUGAACGUUCCUCGUGCCGAGUUGCCGUUAAAAACCGAAGUAACGUACUACAUCAAGCGGCAUGGAAUAAUGCUGGAUGAUUUGAUUUGCCGUGAUGAGAUCGAUUGGAACGCGGAGCAAGCGUUAAACGUAGUUCUCGUGGAUCAUCACGUCUCGAAACUGCAGCAGAACGUUCUCGGUAUCGUCGAUCAUCGGCCCAUCGAAUCGAAUGCACGGUUCGAUACAAACGCUUUCAAAACGAUCGAGCUCGUCGGAUCUUGCGCCACCCUGGUGGGGCGUGAAAUUUUAAACCUAGAAGCGACUGCAUUACAAGAACUGUCGGAAGGAUAUGGCGUUGCGUUGGAACUGCUGUAUGGGGCCAUCGUGUUGGAUACGGUAAACUUUUCCAAGCAGGCCGACAAAGCCAAACCGCUCGAUUAUGAAAUAGCGGCCGCAAUAGAAGCGAACCGUAGCGUUUUGGAAGAAAAUCGCGCCGCCCACCGGGAGCAACUAUUCCAGCGCCUUGUCGAGGCUCGGUGCGAUGUGUCCGAACUGAACGCCCAUCAGUUGUUGUUGAAAGAUUUAAAAAUCCUAUCGCAAAACGAUCGUAUCGUCGCGGUACCAGGGUUUCCGAUGGCGGUACAAGAAUAUCUCAAACUUCCGGACCACAGCGAACAUCUGCAGCGGUUUGCGGCAGACACCGGGAGUAAUGUGGUGAUACUGCUCGGACUAAAGGUGCUGCCGGAUGGGUGUGUGCGUCGCGAUGUCGGUAUUGUUCCAAUCGAUGAUGAACCAUUGGCGGAGAAGAUUGUUACAGCACUUAAAGCGUCGGGCCAGGACACGAACUUUGAGCUGGAAGAAUUACCGAGCGCGGAUGUAAAAGGAACAUUUUUCCAGCAACACAAUUUGAAAGCAUCGCGCAAACAGUUGAUGCCGAUCGUGAAAAGUGUGCUUAGCACGUUGCAGUGUGACACACUGGUGUGAUAUUAAAUUAUUGGCUUAAUUAUAAAUGCACUAGUUAGGGAG